AUGAACGCUGAAAAGGCUGAAGCGAACUCCAGGCUUCUGGAGCUUUCGAAGAGGAACCUGGAAAAUAAAACCAAGAAGGAGCUGGAACAGAAACAGAAGCAGGAGGAACAGCAGGAGCAGAGGAGGAUCAUCAUGAAGUCUCUGUUGACCCCGGAUGCGCACGCACGAUUGUCAAGGAUAGCCAUUGUGAAGGAAGAGAAGGCCAGACGAAUCGAGGACAUAAUAAUAAGGAAUAGCCAAAUGGGUAUGCUCCAGAGAAAAAUUGAUGACGAGCAGCUAAUAAAAAUUAUCGAGCAAGUGAGCGAGCAAAUUUACAAAAAGGAACCAGUGAUAGAAAUAAGACGAAGGAAACAGUUCGAUGACGAUGAUGACUUCAACGAAGAGGACUAUACGUGA